CAACACGUGGCAAUAACACAUGGGCGAGAAUCACAGCGAGUAGCCUGGUUGGUAAAGCUUAACAUGAGCUAUUUGGUGAUGAAUUAUAAACUAUUGGUUUUCAUUACAUUCAAAAUAAAGUGUUUUAGUCAUGCGAGUACCAUGAUUCUCCUAACCCUACCGCAAGCUGUAAGCUGGUUAGCCAAUAGCAGAGCUGCUCUUCCAUCUGCUUUCUGGUGCCUGUCAACAAGCAGUGGAACCUCUACAUAUAUUAGGACGAAUCCCCAGUGACGACAGAAUGAGAGGAUCGUGGACGCCUCCGAGGAGGAGAUUGGAUGAGCCACGUGCUCCAGACGGCCCCGCCCGUCUUUAUCUAUACCACGCGCAACAUGGUCUUUAAUACACUUUGGUACACACAGCAUGGUCCACAAUACACUUUAAUACACACAACAUGGCCCUUAAUACAAUUAAAUACACACAACAUGGUCCUUAAUGCUUUAAUAAACACAACAUGGUCCUUUAUACGCACAACACGCUCUUUAAUGCACACAACAUGGUCCUCAAUACACUUUAAUAAACACAUGCUCUUUAAUACACACAUGCUCUUUGAUACACAUUAAUACACACAGCAUGAUCUUUAAUACACAUUUAUACACACAACAUGCUCUUUAAUACACACAUCAUGUUCAUCGCAGCAUACUGAUCUUUAAUACACACAAUCUGUUUCACAGCUUCACCCCACACAACUCUGCUUCAUAAAUGUCAGUCUCAAGAUGACAUAUGGCACGUCAUAUUCAUGCACUAUUCAACAUGGUAUAUUUUUACAUUAUAUAUUGUCUUAAAUGCUGUAUACAACAUACAUUUUACAUAAUUUAAAAUGCGAUAGAUAAAUGAUAAACUACCGUUCAAAAGUUUGGGGUCAUUUAGAAAUUUCAUUUGUUUUUUUCAAUGAAGAGAACAUUAAAUUAAUCAAAAAUACAAAUUAGACAUUGUUAAGGUGGUAAAUGACUAUCUCGCUGGAAACUGCAGAUUUUUUAUGGAAUAUCGACAUAGAGGCCCAUUUCCACAACCAUCACUCCUGUGAUUCUACUGGUACAUUGUUGAGCUCAUCGUGUUAAAAGGCUAAUUGAUGAUUAGAAAACCCUUGUGCAAUUACACGAGCACAGCUAAAAACUGUUAAAAAAAGGUGUGAGUUUUCAUGGAAAACAUUAAAUUGUCUGGGUGAGCCCAAACUUUUGAACGGAAGUGUCUAUACAUGCAUACAAAAACCUGUUAUUCCUGAUUGUGCGACGUAGUUGUGUGAUGUCCCUGCAGGCCAUCGACAGCAUCCACCAGGUGGGGGUGCACUGUCUGGCGCUGGUCCCCGCCAACACGCUGCCCAAGGCCCCGCUGGGGGGCAUCCAGAUCUCGGAGACCAAGCAGCGCUUCCUGGAGGGCUUCCUGCACCCCUGCAACGUGCUCAUGUGCCCCCACACCUGCGUCACCCACCUGCCCAAGCCCCGGCAGAAACAAGCCGGUAGGCGGUCGGUCAUGAGGGCCGUGACGCUGGCCCUGCAGAUGAUAAUAACGAACAGUGAUGUGUUUGAUGAGGAUAACGUGACGCUGGCUGCUCAGGCUGGUCUCAGGGCAGGGCACAGAGGUCGGUCCUGCUUCCAUGGUAGUGGGAAACCUGGUUGCUGGGAAGAGGAUCGCCCAGGCCUGCGAGGUGAGAGACCUGUCCCAGCUGGACCGGACUCCAACACGGUUUACGUGGACAUGAAGGCCCUCCGGCGUGACAGGGUCCGUCUGGUGGAGAGGGGGUCACCUCACAGCCUUCUACUGAUGGAGUCUGGGAAGAUCCUGCCUGGCGUUAAGGUGAUCGUGGCCAACACAGAGACCAAGGGGCUCCUCGGGGACUCUGAGAUUUGGGUGAGCAGCCCCGACAAUGCGACGGGGUACUACACCGUGUACGGAGAGGAGGCGCUGCACACGGACCACCUCAUCACCAGACUCUGCUUUGGAGACACGGUCACCAACUGGGCCAGGACGGGCUACCUGGGCUUCCUGCGGCACACGGAGCUGACCGACGCCAGCGGAGAGCACCACGACGCCCUCUAUGUGGUGGGCUCCCUGGACGAGACGCUAGAGCUGAGGGGGAUGCGGUACCACCCCAUUGACAUCGGGACCUCCGUCAUCGCCUCCGUCACUCAGAGCAUCGCUGAGUGGGGUAAAUAUGCCUUUUGGCAAGGUGAGUUUAUUCAUAAUGUAUGUAUCCAUCUCCCCAGCGCAGUGUUCACCUGCACCAACCUGCUUGUGGUGUUGGGGGAGCUGGAGGGCUCUGAGCAGGAGGCCCUGGACCUGGUGGCCCUGGUCACCAACGUGGUGCUGAAGGAGCACUACCUGAUCGUGGGCGUGGUGGUGAUGGGCCCCGGCGUCAUCCCCAUCAGCUCCCGCGGGGAGAAGGCGCGCAUGCACCUCCGGAACGGCUUCCUGGCCGACCAGCUGGACCCCAUUGACGUGGCCUACAACAUGUGAGGCGUGGGGCAGUGCGGCGCCACCGGUAGAGGCCUGUGCUCCUUCGUGAAGUCCAGCGUUGCAGGAGGACGAGGUUAGGAGGGCUGCGGGUCGUCAGACCCUGCUUUAUAUUACCUAUAGUCCCAUGAUUUUAUCAAAUAAAAUGCAAUACAACCAAUUUGGAAGUUGCAGAAUCACAGCAAUGCAUUCAUUGCCAUAAUCCAUUAUAUA